AUGAAUCGCAAGUUGGCUGAGUUUGUCAACAACCAAGGUCAAUGGAGAUGGGAGCUAUUCACCCCCUACUUGCCGGAUGGAGUUUGGCAGUACAUUGGCAAUAUUCCUCCACCUCAAAGUUUAACUGACCAAGACAUACCAUUAUGGAGAGCUUCAGCUUCAGGCAAAUUUUCAACGAAAUCCGCUUAUAAUCAUCUUUAUUCAAAUAAAUGGGAUCAAGAUGAUAGGAAAUGGCAGCUACUUUGGAAAUGGCAGGGCCCAGAAAGGAUUAAACUGUUUAUGUGGCUUCUUAUGAGGAAGGCUCUUCUUUGUAACGCUGAAAGGCUGCGGAGGCAUAUGACUGACAACGGAAAUUGCCACUUGACAAUUUUCCAUGGCCAACAUGGUUUGCUACAACAUGUUGGAAGUUGUGGCGAGCAAAGAAUGAAGAAGUAUUCGCUGAUACAAACACAUAAGGAUGCGAUCUCAAACCCAGAGUGCAGGCGGCAGUCAAGGAGAUCGCAUGGAGCAACGAGGGGUUUACCACGCAAUAUGGUUCUGGUUUCAUGGAUACCACCUCAAAAUGGUUGGACUAGGCUUAAUAUUGAUGGUGCGGUUGAUCAAGCUCAACGCCGGGCAGCAACAGGAGGUGUUUUGCGAGACCAUCAUGGUAACUGGCUGGCUGGCUUUGCUGCUAAUAUAGCGUACUGCACACCUGUCGAAGCUGAACUUCAGAGUGCUUAUCACGGGUUACUCCUAGCGCGAAAAGCAUCACUCAAGUCCAAUUUGAGAUGGAUAAUUUUGAGGCUUUCAAAUUAA